AUGGCGAGUGACCCGCGCGUUCCUCCCUCGAACUACCCUCCCUCGAUGGGACCCGGUGCUCGACUAACGAACCCAGCUGGCGAUGGGCCCGACACAAGAACAAAAUUGAUGCAGAUCAUACAGGCCAGAUCCAAGUAUCAAGUCUCGGUAGAACCAGAAACCCUGUCGCUGAGCUACGAACUGAACGAUGCGCCUCGCCUCUACCGACUCUCCUUCGACGCCAUGCCCUUGCAGGGCUUUUCCAGGUGGUGGCUGUUCGGAGGGCCUCAGCGCGCACGGCGAGCGGGCAUUCUAGCCAUUGACAUCAUCCGCGGCUCUGAAAAUGUAGCCAAGAGACCCGUCACACAACAAGAAGCCGAAGCACUUACAUACUGGACCUCGAAGAGGCUGUUAUACAGCUCCUACGUCACGGCAGCUAGCGUCGUGCUGGGCGCUUUCAUCGCUCGCAGAGGUCACGCCCGGAUGAAGUUCCCCAUCCUACCAGCAAAACCGUUGGAACAAUACAACCAUUUCCCCUUGAAGCAGGUACCAAUUUUGACGGGGCGAACUGCACAGUCAGCAUGGCAGUUUACGAGGUACGGCAUUUGGAUACAGCUCACGUUUCUGGUUGCUUCUCCGACCAUUGGAACCGCCGCUUCAAUCUUCAUCGCAAACGCAAUGUCAAGGGAUUCGCGGACUCAAGAACUCGUUCACGCCUUGGACCCCAAGCGUGCAUGGGAGGAUCGUGGUCAAAGUGAUUCCGCUAGACAGAUGUCGCCCGAACAACAACAUCAACUGUCCUCUGGGUUCGAGACGCCAAAUCAAGACAGUAUUGAGCGAGGCACAGCAGAUGGCGCAGGUACAUUGAGUGACUCAGCGGUGAGAGCUCGUGAAAACACACAGCAAUAUGAGAGAUAUCCUUCAUCAUCGCAGCAACAACCACAACCACAUGGCCAGUCCGCCAGCCCACCCGCCUCCGCAGACUCUGACCCUUUCUUCUACGACGACGCAUCACCUACCACAGGCAACGAUCGAGACAACGCAUCACCUGUUGCGUACACUCAGCCCUCAGGAGGCAGUGUAUGGGAGCGUAUCCGACGCGGCGGCAACGCCUCCUCGCCAUCACGACCGCCGCCCUACGGUGCUCGCGCCCAACCCGGCGCAGGCCAAUCCACCCGUCUUGCCGAGCAAGAAGCAGAAUUCAGUGAACGCGAUGCAUACAGCAGCGAAAGUAAAUUCGGGUCAGCAGCAACGUUACGGGACGGCCGUGAUCGCGAACGGGCGCAACGAGAAUUCGACGAGAUGCUGGAACGGGAGAGACAACACAGUGGGAGCGAUGAAUACAGCCGGGGUAUGAGAGCCGUGGAACAAGGCGAGGAGAGCGGCAAUGCAGCCCCAGGUGUAAGUGGAGGCGGAGGUUCAGCAUGGGAGAGAAGGCGCCGAGCAUGA